AAAAGCUUAAAUUAAACCAAAGUAUUGCAUUUUUAAUAACUUUAUAUAAACUCUUCAUAAGAACCAAGAAAUUAAUCAAUACACCUCAAUAUUCUAUUUCUUCACUAUGGGGCAUUUCAUCAAGCAAGUGGUGUGCAUUUUGUUCUUGGUGAUUUCAACUCCAUUUGUGCAAAUUGAAGCUAGAAAUAGCAAGUUUAUGAUCAUUCCUACAUCUCCUUCACCUGCUCCUACUCCGAUUUCUAAUGAAAUUAGUUUCCCUCCUUUUUCAUCGUUAAGUCCAACACCAGUACCAGCACCAGCACCAGCACCAACACCGGACUUUAAUGAUUUUGGAUUUCCUCCUUUGUCGUUUUUAAGUCCAACACCAUCACCAACACCAUCACCGAUAGAGGGUGAUCAAGAUCCUGGUUUGCCAACACCGGCGGGGGCACCGGAGGAAGGUGACAUUGAAGCACCAGCACCACUUUUGGGUGACACUCCUUAUGGACUUUAUGGUCCUCAUUCUCAGGAAGUUCCUUCUACUACUCUCACAAAUUUUGAUGAUGUAGAAAAGGAAUUACAAGGUGCCCGUUUCAACACGGACGAGUCCUACAAUAACAAUAACAACAACAAUAACAAUGGAUACUCUGAUAAUUACAACUACGAUAGCCACUCGGAGAAUUACAACAACAACAAUGGCUAUUCCCAGAAUUACUACAACAACAACAACAACAAUGAUUUCUCGGAGACUUACAACAACAACAACAAUGAUGCUUUCUCAGAGAAUCACAACAACAACGUCAACCACAAUAACAACAACAACAACAAUGAUUUCUCCGAGACUUACAACAACAACAACAAUGAUGCUUUCUCAGAGAAUCACAACAACAACGUCAACCACAACAACAAUGAUGCUUUCUCAGAGAAUUACAACAACAACAAUGAUGGUUUUUUGGAGAAUUACAACAACCUCAACCACAACAACAAUGAUUUCUCCGAGAAAUACAACCACAACAACAAUGAUUUCUCCGAAAAUUACAACAACAACAAUGUUUUCUCCAAGAAUUACAACAACAACAACAAUGAUUUCUCCGAAAAAUACAACAACAACAACAAUGAUUUCUCAGAGAAAUACAACAACAAAGGCUACUCUAAGAAUUACAACAACAACGACAAUAGCUACUCCAAGAAUUACAACAACAACAAUGAUUUCUCCGAGAAUUACAACAACAACAACAACAAUGGUUUCUCUGAGAAUUACAACAACAAUGACUUCUCCGGGAAUUACAACACUAACAACAACAACAAUGUUUUCUCUGAGAAUUACAACAACCGUUACUCCAAUAGUUACAACAACAACAACAACAAGAAGAACAACAACAACAACAAGAACAACAACAACAACAACAGAUACUCUGAGAAUAUGUCAGAGAGGCAAGGAUUAAGCGACACAAGAUUCUUGAACAAUGGCAAGUACUACUAUGACAUCAAGAAUGACAAUCCCAACAACAACAAUGAUCAUGCUAGCAGCUACAAUAACAAUGCAAAUAUGGUGGAAACUCAAGGAUUCGGUGACACGCGAUAUUCAGACAAUGGCAACUACUUUUAUGGUAAAAAUGGUGAGAAAAUGACCAUGGAAGAGUUCAAAAGACAACAGGACUAUCCAGGCACUGAGGAUCAGUAUGAACUUCCUUGAAGAUAAAACAUUUAUCAAUUGGUUCAGAACACAAGGACAAAAGCAGGGGAGGAUAUUCAAAUAGAUUUUACAUUGAAUUUUAAGUUAUUUUGAGUGAGUGUUUGUGUAUUAGUUCUGCUUGUGUCUGCAAACACUUUUUUUUUUUUAAUAGUUCUACAAAUCAGACCAAGGGAACUUUGUGUUGUUUAACACUUUUGAAUUUUUUAAACUUUUUAUAAUGACAUUAUUGAAGCUUCAUGCC